GUCAAGGCUGUUUCAGGGAUAUUUUCAUUUUCAGUCAAUUACGCAAACCCCUCUUCUACCGUUCUGUCCGCCGCCGCCCAAGCCCCAACUACCAAGUACCAACCGGCAGGCCGGCAACCGUUGUCGACUCUCCUUGUCGGAGUGACCCACCACCGCCAAUCCCGACUGUCGGCAGUGUUUUGUGAAGGAGUCCACCGCGAAUAAACGAGCAGCGGUCAGCAGAGCAGGUAGUGGACUCGUGGCCCUCGACGAGUCGUCGCCGAUUGAAGGAACCCGGCGCUUCCGCACUGAUUGCUCGCCGUUGUGGAGCCGUGGAGGGUCAUCGGUCUCGACCAGGGGCGGAGCUCUCUACAUUGCAAAUUGGCAAAUUGCAGGCACAGCCGCACAACCAUAGUUGUGACUGACAUACUCGCUGAUAAGAACAACAAUGCAAGACUACAAAUUUUCUGCUGAGUAGAAGAGCUUUUAGGGCUAUGUCAUGUUCUGGAUAGACUUCCAUGGUUGGGGAAAUUAAUGUUGGGAAGAUUACCGGCAACAAUUACAUCAUCGGCUCUCAAGUACUUUACUAGUCUUCGUCUUCUCCCUCCUCGCCAAUUCUCUCUCCUUACAAUGUAUAGAGGCAUAGGAAGCAGCAGCUCUUCAUUCUCGCCUCUCGUUCGACCUUCUCCUAGUUUAGAUAGAGGAAAAGAGCAUGGAGAUAUGGGAGGCAAUCGUUGUGGAUCAAGAGGGCGUGGUCGUAAUGCUGCUCUUGGUACUUCAGAUAAAAUUGAUACUCUUGGUAGAUUAUUGGUACGUAUAUUGAGACACAAUGCAACAGAGCUGAAUUUGGAUAUGCGUAGUGAUGGAUAUGUCAAGCUUCGAAAUUUAUUGAAGCUGAACAUGAAAACAAGGUCAAACUUUCCACUAAGCUCACAUUCUGUAGAUGAAAUCAGAGAAGCUGUAAGGAUAGACAAUAAGCAAAGGCUUAGCCUUUUGGAAGAGGAUGAAGAACUUUGGAUACGUGCAAACCAAGGCCAUAGUGUAAAGUCUGUAGAGACCGAGAGUUUACUGAAGCCAAUCCUUUCUGCUGAUGAAAUCCCUGUUUGUGUUCAUGGCACAUAUAAGAGGCUUCUUGAAUCUAUUCUUGCAUCUGGUCUGAAGCGAAUGAGCAGGGUGCACAUUCACUUUGCAUGUGGCUUACCAUCAGAUGGAGAAGUAAAAAGUGGUAUGAGGCGUGAUGUUAACUUGAUUAUCUUCCUAAACACCAAGAAAGCUAUGGAAGAUGGGAUGAAGCUAUACAAAUCUGAAAAUGGGGUAAUACUGACAGAAGGGUUUGAUGGUGUUGUCCCAGUUAAAUAUUUUCAGAAAAUAGAGUCAUGGCCUAAAAGAAACCCAGUACCAUUCAGUAGAGUUCGUACAGAAAGUAAUACUCUGGGUCAAAAUGUUGACUCUGGACUUUGCGACUCAUUACAGAAUCUGAAACUCUGACUCACUAUUUCAAAAGUGGACGCUUAAUUUGGGACCGAGAUAGUACUUACUAGGUUUGUGUAGAAUCGGUGUGAACUUGGUGUAUUAUGUAAUUAUAAAUUCUGUUGUGAAAUCGGUUUUUGUUUAAUCGGCAAUAAGAGAUUUGAAAUGAA